AUGCCACCACCACUAGAAUUAGCGGUAGUCUCCGGACCUGUAUGUAAGACCGUGGCAUUGAUACCUCGUCACCAAGCGUUUUCAAGCAUGAUGGAGGAUAAACUCAACCAACUUAAUAUAAAUACGUUAAUAUGGAGGAUAAGAAAGGAUAAGGAAGAAAUGAAGCGGCUACAAAAAGAAAAUGCGAAAUUGCGACAACUCGCCGCAAUUCAAUCGCCAUCGCCACUAUCAGAGCUGUUAGUGAGAAACGCACAGGCGGUACCAUCAACAACACCGGCACCACCGGCGGCACCAACACCGGCACAGCUACCAGCGACGCCAACAACAUCAAGAAACUCCUGUCUUCCUCCAGAAAAACCAAAGAGAUGGCAACGAGCCGGGCGUAACCGCUCCAUGUACACAAGAGGAAGGGGAAGAGGAGAAAGGGGAAGAGGAGAAAAGGGAAGAGGAGAAAGGGGAAGAGGAGCAAAAAUAUAUACGCUAAACAUAC